GACAAUAUUGCAGACACCAGUGACAACAACUCGUUCAAAACGAUGUUUCACUCAUCAUGACUUGGACGUGCCAUCGUCAUCCAGUGAAGGCUUAGUGAAGAAGGUUGCAUCCAAAAAGAAAGUUGCAUUCAAGGAUUGCUAUGACUUUUGUUGUCGUCGAUCCGAAUUCGAAUACUACGCCAAACGAUAUCCAAAUAAAAUCGCCCUGAUUAUUGAGCGAUUCAAGAAUGAGAGAGUUUUGGACGAGUUGGAACGUGGACUGUUCAUUGUCCCUGAAGAAAUGACAAUUGGACAGUUACAAAACGUUGUCAGGUUAGUCGUCGAACUUGCUUGUGUUUCUCUUCAGGCUGGAAACAAU